UUCGAGGGGAGAGGUAUGGAGUGGGAGGCACGGGAGUCCAGUUCAGGGACUCGGAUUCCAAGACAAGAAGUGAUGGGGAAGGGGCAGGGCGCAGCCCUGGCUUCUCUGCCUCUCCCCGGUUUCCAUAGACAGGUCCUUGGCCAGUACUCAUGCAAUCAGUACGACAAAGAGGCUCCUGAGGGAUCCGGACAAAGUCCCAAGUCCUGGGCGUCGGUAUCAGGGUGUCAGGUUCCAAGGGCCCAUCUGCACUGGGGAGCAGCCCAGAUUCCCCCACUUUCCUGUGUUUCACCACUUCUCCCAACCUAUGUUGGGUCCUUCUUCCAGGAUACUCAGCAGGCGACCCCAGUUCCCACUUCCAUUCGAUGUAGAAAAGACAAUCAGCGCCGUCGCGGUCCCGGUUCUAAAGUCCCCACGUACCCACCUGGACUCAGAUUUUCCCCAGGCACGGAGACUGGGGUCAUGGCGCCUCGAACCCUCCUCCUGCUGCUCUUGGGGACCCUGGCCCUGACUGAGACCUGGGCUGGCUCCCACUCCUUGAGGUAUUUCUACACCGCCGUGUCCCGGCCCGGCCGCGGGGAGCCCCGCUUCAUCGCCGUGGGCUACGUGGACGACACGCAGUUCGUGCGGUUCGACAGCGACGCCGCGAGUGGGAGAGGGGAGCCGCGGGCGCCGUGGAUGCAGCAGGAGGGGCCGGAGUAUUGGGAGGGGCAGACUACGGGUUUCAAGGCCAACGCACAGAGUUCCCGAUUGUGCCUGAGGAUCCUGCCCGGACACUACAACCAGAGCGAGGCCACGUCUCACACCUACCAGAGAAUGUACGGCUGCGAAGUGGGGCCAGACGGGCGCUUCCUCCGCGGGUAUUACCAGUCGGCCUACGACGGCAAGGAUUACCUCGCCCUGAACGAGGACCUGCGCUCCUCAACCGCCGCGGACACGGCGGCUCAGAUCGUCCAGCGCAAAUGGGAGGCGGCCAAUCUGGUGGAGGGGUGGAGAGCCUACCUGGAGGGCAAGUGCGUGGAGAUGCUCCGCAGAUACCUGGAGAACGGGAAGGAAACGCUGCAGCGCGCGGAACCCCCAAAGACACAUGUGAACCACCACACCAUCUCUGACCAAGAGGCCACCCUGAGGUGCUGGGCCCUGGGCUUCUACCCUGCGGAGAUCACACUGACCUGGCAGCGGGAUGGGGAGGACCAAACUCAGGACACCGAACUUGUGGAGACGAGGCCAGCAGGGGAUGGAACCUUCCAGAAGUGGGCAGCUGUGGUGGUGCCUUCUGGAGAGGAGGAGAGAUACACGUGCCAUGUGCAGCACGAGGGGCUGCUGGAGCCCCUCACCCUGAGAUGGGAGCCAUCUUCCCAGCCCACCAUCCCCAUCGUGGGCAUCGUUGCUGGCCUCGUUCUCCUUGGAGCUGUGGUCACUGGAGCUGUGGUCACUGCUGUGAUGUGGAGGAGGAAGAGCUCAGGACAUUUUCUUCCCACAGGUGGAAAAGGAGGGAGCUACUCUCAGGCUGCGUGCAGCGACAGUGCCCAAGGCUCUGAUGUGUCUCUCACAGCUUGUAAAGCCUGAGACAGCUGCCUUUUGUGGGUCCGAGAUGCAGGAUUUCUUCACGCCUCCCCUUUGUGACUUUAAGAGCCUCUGGCAUCUCUUUCUGCAAAGGCAUCUGAAUGUGUCUGUGUCCCUGUUUGCAUAAUGUGAGGAGGUGGAGAGACAGCCCACCCCGUGUCCACUGUGACCCCUGUCCCCAUGCUGACCUGUGUUCCCUCCCCAGUCAUCUUUCCUGUUCCAGAGAGGUGGGGCUGGGUGUCUCCAUGUAUGUCUCAACUUCAUGGUACACUGAGCUGCAACCACUUACUUCCCUAUGAAAAAUAAGAAUAUGAAUAUAAAUGUGUUUUCUCAAAUAUUUUCCAUGAGAAGUUGAUGGGUUAAUUAAAUAAGUCAAUUCCUAAAAUUUGAGAGAGGAAAUAAAUACCUGAGAACCUUCCAGAA